AAUAAAACCGCGAUUUGAAAUAUUAUUUUUGUAUGGUUUGUUUGCGCUUAUGUACCUAUCCACAUGUGUUGAACUGAAGUCUCAUAGCUUUCAAUGUCGUUUGUAAUAUUAUUAUUAUAUAACAAUAUUCUAAAAUAAUGUCGAGAAUAAAACUUGCCUGAUCCCAUCGUUUCAUUGUAAUGUAUUGUAGUAGGCCUAGUGGCGCUGUAGACUGUAGUACGUGACUUGGUACUACUACUACCCAAACAUGAUGGGGCGACAAAAGCCUGAAAAGGUUGGUUUAAAAGUGUAUGGUCGCAAGCAGCGCGUGGACACGCGCAUUUCCUGGACAAAGGUUUCAUCUAAUGUGUUUUCCACGGACGAGUCUCCUUCGACAAGUGAAGCGUCAUCCGCUGAACAUGAUGAGCGGCUGUCUGCAAAUGAAUCCAGUGAAUUAACUAGGACCAGGGGGCCGUUUGCACCAUUAUCGGACAGCAGUAACAACAGCGAUGGUAUCUUUGGUGCCAUUCCUCGCCGUGGAACCAAUUACGCAAGAGCCAACACAAGACGAGGAAGACGCGGUGGCAACAGAAAAGAGAAUAGACCAGCUAUGCAAUUAAGAAAGCGAGAUAAAAGUGCUGACACAAAAUAUGUUAACGAAUCUUCUACGAAUCUCCAGGGUGGGAUUACCUCUAAACAUUUGCCACUACGCCCGGUUAAAGAUAAACCUAUUAUGACCGCUCUGACGCAGAUGCAACUGGGUGAGUUGAACUUUGACGAAUUUGAUGACUACAGUCUUGUGGUUACGAAUACGCCAGAGCGUAGGAAUAAAAAGCCAUCCGAAAGCACCGUUAAUACCACAGGCGAGCUAUUCAGCGUCGGGUGCUCGGAAAAUGAAGGGCAACCUGCUGCUGUCUCGUGGCUGGAUGGCAGCAGAGAACAACGUUGUCACUUUGCUGAGCAGACUCGUUCUCGGGUGGCUGCGGAGACUGACGUCAGCGACUCUAGCCUACCGCAGCGUUUCGUGCGAAAGAGCAAACGUUUACUGUGCAUGAGCAUGGGCAGCAGUGCGUCUGCAAGUCGCGGUGAACGAAUCCACACGCAGGCUAGUGGCCUCAUGGGAACCAGCACCCCGUUGCAGCACGCAGUCUUAAUGAUUCGCGGCCAACAACUGCCCGGAGUUGGUCUCAGUCCAGUUCCACUAGCCGAAGAGACGCACGCAGAAGACGAGGAAUCGGUGUGCUUUCCCGAGAGUCCAAGUCUUGUGCAUGACGUGGCAUCGCGGGAAGUAGUCGACUGCGAACCUUGCGGGCAGUGCUCGCAGAGCGGACGCGAACAGUGCGAUUGCCGUUACAAACGCGUCACGUACAGACCGGCCCCAGUGGCGCGCUCUUCGUACGGAAACUCUCAUCGCAACUUCAGCUUCGAGCAGUUGCGAUCCUCGAUACACUCGAUACAGUCCGGCACAGACCAUCUACUAGGCAGCGGGCGAGUGACGGAGCGACGCCGGCGCCCCCACGCCGGCGUCGUGCCUGCACUUCUGGUCAGUAGCAGCAUCGCCGCGGAGUCCCUGGGCGACUCUCGGCGACAGUCGCGGAGGCACGCCCGAUACCUCACCCGCAGCGCCGUGAUUCUCCAGGCGUCCACCGAGCUAUUCGACGUCAGCGUGGCGUCGCCGACGGUCGCCGAAGACGACGGAAAACUCGUGCGCGGCGCGACGGCCGGCACUGACGCGCUCGAUCGGUUGGACGCCGACGUCGCCAUCGACACUGACGACUCUCGAGCGAGCCGUGCCGAGACGGAGGAGGCGCUCACGUGCCAAUCACGCUGCAGCGCUGACGAGUUAGAGACAGAGGGCGCCAGCGAGCUCGCCGAAGACGACGGGCGGGAGGCUGACGACGGCGCCGACGACGCGAACUCGACUCGCUACAUGCUGAACACGGACGUUGAGACGGCGGUCGCCAUGAUGUCUGCGUGCUCCCUGUUCGAGUCGCCUCACCCGUCGCAGCGGUCCGGAGUUCGAGGAGCGGACGAUGUUCGGCCGAGCGACGCUGCGGACGAGAGACUUGAGGACGAGGUGGACGACGCAGGCAGCGAUGUCGGGAUGCUUUCGCGGGAUCGCUCAGUCAAUCAAUCGGGAUUCGAACGCCAAGCUCCGUGCCAGCUGUCGGCGAGAGAGAGAGUUCUUGAUGAAUGCGAACAGGAGGAUUACAUCUCCUUUUACAAAUGCUUAUCUUCCAGAAUGAUGAAAACGAGUAGAAAGAUCGGGGAGGGUGUUUACGGCGAGGUGUUCCGUGUACAAGACGCGGACAAGCACGAUGUCGCCGUGAAGAUCAUUCCCAUCGAAGGGUCCGACAUCGUUAACGACGAAGCUCAGAAAACCUUCAGUGAGAUUCUUCCAGAGAUUGUCAUCUCUAGAGAGCUGAGCAGCUUGCAGUGGGCGAAUAACAAUUGCACUCCGAAUUUCACAACUGUUCGACGUGUCAGCUGUGUUCAAGGCGCCUACCCAUCUAAACUACUACAGGAGUGGGACAGCUACAACAAGAGAAAGGGCUCUGAAAACGACAGGCCAGAUUUCUUCAGUAAGGACCAGCUCUUCAUUGUGUUUGAGUUUGAAGAUGGCGGUGAGGCUCUCGAGCGCUUCCAGUUCUCUAGCAUGCUGGAGGCAAACAGCGUUGUUCAGCAGCUCGUGUGCUCGUUGGCCACGGCCGAGGCUCAGUAUGAGUUUGAGCACCGUGACCUGCACUGGGGCAACGUGCUCGUCAAGCGCACCGAGAAGCGCCACCUACGCUACGUGAUCGGCAGCAGCGAAGUGGUGCUGCCCUCUCACGGUGUCCAGAUCUGCAUCAUCGACUUCACUCUCUCCCGCAUUAAGAAGAAUGGAUGUGUAAUAUACGUUGAUCUUGCCUUAGACCCCACAAUAUUCACUGGAGAAGGCGACUACCAAUUUUCCAUUUAUCGUCGUAUGAAAGAGAAAAAUGAGAACAACUGGGAGAUGCACUGUCCAUUUACGAAUGUUCUGUGGCUUCACUACAUCAUGGAUAAGCUGCUAUUUGAGACCAACUACCAUCAGCAUGAUCCGGAGACGAGGGUGGCAUUGCGCACAUUCAGGGAUGCCUACAAGGAACUCCUCAACCAUAUCUCGGCAGACGACGUGUACAAAAAUAGCAUCUUAUUCAACACUUAGGCAAUUGCGUAUAGAAAGAGAGAGAGAGAGAGUACCGCUCUACUGAAGCGGGUGUGCGUUCUGCCUAGACGACUUGAUCGUCUAUAUUGCUUGGCAAUUACGUUAGGUUGGGCAGAGGACUGGACAAUGCCGUGGCAGUAUCAUGUUGGCACACCGUUAGAAAUAUACUACAAUGUUCUCUUUUAAUUCAUCUUAUUCAUAAAUGUUUAAAUUGUUAUUUUGAUUUCGUGGAUGCAAAGCCAUGUAGCAGUCAUAGACCUGAUGAUGCUUUUAAGUUAUUUUUUUUAUAAUUACGCGUAUUACUCACUAUGAACCUUUCUUGUUGCUAUUACUUGAUGUUUUUGUGCCGUGGUAUGACCAUGAAAUGCAAUUUUGUCUAUUAUGCAAUGAGCAACUGUCCAGUGCACUUUUCUCGCUCAGUAAGAGUGUUGAUGUUUGAUUUCUAUACUUGUAAUGAAAGACUACAUUCCUUUGGCUUAUGAAAAAUGUACCUGUGUUGAAUGGGAACGACCAGUUUUGCUGUUAAAGUUACAAAUUAGCUGUCCCUUUCAAAAUGACAGAUCUUAAAUCACAUGUGCUUUUAUUGAUACUUUUAUUUUACUUCUUUUAAUAACUUUAAGCGUGCGGACACUGUGUUGUUUUCCAAUUGCAUGUUUGACUUCGUGUUAAGGUUUUGUAUAUGAAUGUAGUGUAAAUAAUAAUUAAACCAUUGUAAUGGCAAUAACCACUUAUAGUAUAAUAAACAGUGAGCUGUGUUUGCCACAAAUGACA